GACGAGCGCGUGGAGGUCGCCGCGGACUGCUCCAUCAUGUCUGCCGUUUAUACCACCGUCCUGCUGUGUGUCUACGGCUUCUUCUCCAGCCUGCGGCCGUCGGAACCUUUCCUCACCGCCUACCUGAUGGGAGCGGACAGGAACCUGACGGAGAGCCAGGUUGUGAAUGAAAUCUACCCGGUGUGGACGUACUCCUACCUCGCUCUGCUCCUCCCCGUCUUCCUGCUCACAGACUUCCUGCGCUACAAGCCUGUUCUGGUGCUGCAGGCCUGCAGCCUGGUGCUGACCUACCUGCUGCUGUGGAAGGCCCGGGGCCUGGCCGCCAUGCAGCUGCUGGAGUUCUUCUUCGGCCUGGCCACGGCGUCCGAGGUGGCCUACUACUCCUACAUCUACAGCGUGGUGGAGCCAUCGCUCUACCAGAGGGCGACGGCCUACUGCCGCAGCGCCGCGCUGUUCGGCUCGGCCGCCGGCUCGCUGCUCGGUCAGCUCCUGCUGUCGCUGGCCGAAGUGGAGCUGGUGCACCUGGUCAUCCUCACGCUGGCGUCGGCCACCGUGGCCGCCGCGGCGCCCUGGUUCCUCCCCAUGCCCAAGAGGAGCCUGUUUUUCCACCAGAGUCCAGCAGCGCAGGAGGAGCGACCGCCUGGCUGCAGCUCGGAGAAGGUGGAUGACUCGGAGAGCAGCGUGUCCAUGAUGUCCAGGUCGUCUGAGCCGCCAGGGGGCGGCGGCGGGCCGCUGCAGGUUUUACGGACGCUCCUCCACGACUUGGUGCAGUGCUACAGGUGUCCCACCCUGCUGGCCUGGUCGGUGUGGUGGGCUCUGGCCACAUGCGGCUACUUCCAGAUCAUCAACUACGCCCAGGCGCUGUGGGAGGACGUCCGUCUGUCCCACCAAUACCAGAUCUACAACGGCUACGUGGAGACGCUGUCCACGCUGCUCGGCGCCCUGGCUGCGCUGCUGGUGGGCUGCCUCCCCGUGUCCUGGGCCCGCUGGGGGGAGCUGCUCCUCUGGAUCCUCUCCCUGCUCAUGGCCGCCUGCGUGUUCGUCAUGACGCUGCCGGAUAAAAACAUCUGGGUGUGCUACAGCUCCUACGUGGUCUUCAGAGCCGUCUACAUGCUUCUCAUCACCGUGGCAACCUACCAGAUAGCAGCCAGCCUCAGCAUGCAGAGGUACGCUCUGGUGUUUGGAGUCAACACCUUCGGGGCUCUGCUGCUCUGGACUCUGAUCACCGUGAUUGUGGUGGACUCUGCCGGGCUGGGCCUGGACGUCUUCACACAGUUCCUCAUCUACGGAGGCUACUUUACUGUUAUAUCUGUCAUCUUCCUGCUGGCCGGGCUCUACAGAGUGUUCUCCUCCAGGCGCUCCAAGCUGGACCUGACGGAGGUCCACGGAGAGUCUGAUGCACCGCUGAAUGGCGGCGUUACAGUCACUGAUUCAUCUUGAGAAGGGGAAGUUGCAUCACUUUCCUUGGAGCAAACUGAAUAGGCGCCUCUACUGGUGUCAGCGUGUGCUGUUCCCCAGAUCUACUUUUCAUCUUUAUUGACUCUACUUUAUAUUUCUAGUUGGGCUGGGCAGUUAAUUGCAUUUGCAAUAUAAUUGCAAUUUAAGAAAUCGCAAUUUCAAAAUCGCAAUUUUGGUCAAGUUAUAUGUAACAAGACUAAUAACCACAUAUCUUUUCCUCGCUCCAGCACUUUGUGGUGCUCAAAUGUUUAUAGUAGAUUUGCUGCCUCAAAAAAGCAAAGAGAAACUUCUAGCUAGCACUCUGAUCUAUGCUAGCACGUAGAAGUUAGCACUUUUCCAAACAGAAGUCACAAUAAAGUUCCGCAAAACAGACUUUAGACAAGCAAGCUUUAAAGGUCAUUAAAAAUUAAAACCCUGGAGUGAAACAUCUACACGCUCUUGAUGAAUAUAAGGAAUAUAAAAAAAAACAAAAACACAUUAGUUGAAAAUAAUCGCAAUUUUCGUUAUUUGGCAAAAUUGUUCAGCCCUAAUUUCUAGUAAGUCUGAGUCACACAGACCUAAAAAGACCCGCUGCCAUCUUCAUUUGUAAAUAUGCAGAUAUUUGUUUUUGGCCACUUUGGUAAAAAAAAAAAAAAAAAAAAAAUCAAUUUUUUUUAUCUAUUUUUGUUAUAGGUGGACAAAAAAUCGCAGAAAACUGAGGCGUGUGACAAUCAUUGGUCAGAAGUGAUUUGGUGAAAAAUGAGAAAAAUCUAGACUUCUAAUUUUAUGAUGCGGUAGAUCCAUCACUUGCUAGCAGCAGCGUUGCUAAGCAACAGUGGAACAGAUAGGAUUACGAUCCGACAGUGGCUAGGUCUGGGGAAACCAUCCUGUCUGCCAGUUGGUAGUCGUACCUGAAGCGGCACCAGAGUGCAUUUGGAAGCGGACCAAGACCACAUCAGAAAGCGGGUCUCGACCCGGUCGAUUAGUCCGGGCUGAAGUCCGAUUCUCUUUAGUCACACUUUCAAAAAGGUCCAGCCCUAAUCUGACAGGUGUGAAAAUGUUCUAAUAUGUUAAUCAGUUUCCGUUAAUUUUUUAGGCCAAUUGAGUCUAAAGAAAUGACCUGUUGCUGGAUAAAUAGUGAAGGGUUGAAGUAGAGCACACUGACUGAAACUGUUUCAGAUUCUGGUUUGGACAGGUUUGAUUCCACUGGUUUGGAAUUUUUGAGUCUAUUUAACUGUGUCAAAUGGGCAGAUCUCCGUAUGAUCUGAGAUUCUUAUCCACAAAACAAAAGAAACCUUUAGAUCCUGGUUACCUCACUGGCUCUUACCUCCUAAUGGGUGUCUGAAAGGUCCGUUGAAGUCCAUCAUUGCAGUGGUGGAGAAACAUUACUGCUGCUUUAACGCAGCUGGACUUUGAAUAUAUUAUAAAGAGCAACAAUUGCAUCUUGGUAAGCUGCUGUAUCUCUAUAGUGUUUAUUAUAACUCAGUGACCUCUACUGUUCCAGCCGGACUGAUCAACAAAAAAGGCUAAAGAAAGAUUCGGCCAAUGCUUCUAUAACAUACUGGAUUAGGAGCAGUUAUUCCCUGAAAAUCUCCUUGCUAAUCAGAUUAUUAGCUACGGCAGAAAACCGCAUUAACUCAAACUUAGUUUCUAAUGCCGUUUGCUGAUCUCUGGAUGCCAAUUCUUCGUCUUUCUAAUUAUUCAUCACUUUGUACCGUUACAGUAGAUUUAAACGGGAUAAUUUUCACUAAACGGCUAAUAGAUUAUCACCUAUAUUCUCUGUUAUAUAGGUAGCCUUUUGCAAAAAUAUAAACCUGGAGUAAAAAAAAAAACAGUUUCAGGUAGUUGGAAUAUUACAAACUCACACAAAGUGAAUUUUAAUUCUUGAUAUACUUUUUAUUUAAUCUUCAUCCUUUGAUAAGAUUUAGGUUUCUUGCAACCAAGUGGAACAAAAAUAUCCUGUUACUUUAGAUCAGUUCUGCAUUUUAAGCACGUUUCUCAUAUUACUUUGUUUACAUUUUGUUUUUAGAGGUACAAUUUACUACUUUUCGUUUUUGUGAUAAAUCUCUGGAAUAUUUAAAAUUUCAUGGAGGGAGGGCUAAACAAUGUUAAAAUCUGGAACAGCUAUCUAUUUUCCAGUUGGCAUAGAAUCCUGGACGAGCCCCCAAAAAAUGACCAGCCAAAACCAGCUUGUCUAAAUUCUAAAUGAUUAACAUUGAACAGGGAUAAGUUUAUUUUGUCAAAUUCUGACAUUUUCUCACAGUUUUCCAGUGAGAACAGGUAACGAUUUGCUAAUUAUCCAAAUUUUAACAGUUUAAAAUGACCAGAAUUACAUUAUGCUGUAGAAACCAAUUGUCCAAACCUUAAAUUAUGAACCACAGAGCAGUAUUUUGGAUUAGUUUCCAAGAAACACAUUGAAUACAUCAGAGUAUUGGAACUGAUAACUGUAGCCUCCAGCCUUACUAGAUUAGAUUUAGUGUAAGCAAUAAUACUUUGUCAUAUCUAAUGAUUAAUACUGUUAAUAAUUCUUGUUUAACUAACUUUAAAUUAUGAUUGGUACGAAAGCAUAAACAUACAUCAUUCAGUGUUUGUGUGCUGCAACAAAAAUGGUACCAUUUGUUAGCAGCUGGUAUGAGUCUAUGUCUGUAUCUAUAUUUGUUUCUCCCACUGUAAAAUUUUAUUGCACUAUCAACAAAGAUUUAUAUUUCCAUGUUGGAAGCACUGGUGCAGCCAAGCACAACUGAAGUCUGUAGGUUUUAGCGAACACUACACCGUUAAUCUGGAGGUGAUAUGAUGCACCUUUGUGUUUUAGCUGCUGAUUUCUUCGUUUGUGGUGCGUUUAAGUGCCUAAGAGAUAAAAUAUGCCUUGGGUUUGUUUAUUUUUGCUUUAUUUGGUGACAAAUUGCACAGUUAAAACCUCCAAAGCCGUUACGUAACAAUUCAAAAACUUUCAGUUGAAAGGUCCGCAUGAGAUCCAUAGGAGCCUUCUACCAGAAGGGUUCAGGGUGCUUUAAAAAGCCCAUAAUGAAGGAUAUUCAUUUUCUGCCCCAAAUCAAAUCGACAAAUUAGCUUAAAAAAGGUACGAAAUCUGUUUUUAAAUUAUUUUAUUUCAGGGUAAAGCUUCCCAAUCAAGUAUUCAUAGAUAAAACAAGCUGAGUUUAGCAUCAGUCAGGCCCAAAUAAUAAGAGCCUGUCUGACAACUUGAAGUAGGCAUAUAUGUGUGAUAAAUAAAACACUGGACUCUAAUUUAUAAACGUAUUACAAUAAUGAGGAAAAAUAGCCUUUGACAUCUGCUGUAGCAAAACGGAAACAUUUCACAUUCCCAAGGUUUUAAUAAUAAAAAAAGCACUUAAUUAGAUAAAAUGUUAAUUUAUUUUUUAAACCAGCCUUUGCCAUGAAUUCAUCUGAAGACAGAAAAGCUAUUAUUAAAAAAUUCCUUUGUCCGCCGCAGUCAUAAUGGAAGACGUAAAAUUAACAGAUCUAACCUGAAGCAAAUAAAUACCAGCUGUGGGAACGCAGCUCUAGAAAUAGAUGAAAUAGAUUAGCCAUCAUUGGGAUUUACCUUCCAUAAACGGGCCGUUUUCCGUUGACUCAUCCGACGUGAAUGUACAGGACGCCAUCGUUUUAUCACUACACACGGACGCAUCUAUGAAGUGUCAUAAUCUGACACGUUCUCGUGUUUUUUAGUUUAGCAGAAGCUUCUUAUUUAUUUCUCUGUAAUCCUUUGAGGUCAACCUGGCAGGACGUGUGUGAAAGUGUGAGUGAAGAAGUUGUACUGUUACCUGAAAUCUGGAUUCUGCAGAACUUUUCUAUGCAAGACGAGAGCCAGCCAAAUGUUUUAUACCUGUGUUGUUCUUUUUAUAAUCAUAUGAUGUAUAUUUAAUAAAUUCCUUUAAAUAACGUGUCGUUGGUUUCAUCCAUGAUCAGAUG